AUGGAUUCAACAUUAGUAAAUGCUCUUAAAAGUGGAAGAACUUGGUUGGUUAGUCGUUCAAGUGAUCUUGUUUUUAAGGUUCAAUCCCGGCCAUCGGUUAGCGUUGGCCUCUUGAAUAAAACUUGCUCAUGUUACCAAUGGCAAUUGAAUGGAUUUCUUUGUACUCACGCGGUGACCGCUAUCCAAAAGAGCGGAGGCGAUUUGUAUGCAUAUGUGGAACCAUUUUAUUACACUAGCAAGUUCAAAGCUUGCUAUGCUGAGUCUGUUUAUCCAAUACCCACUGUUGAGAAACCUCUUGUAGCUAUGGAUGAUCUUGUUGUCCUUCCUCCAGUUUGCAAGAAGUUACCUGGUAGGCCAAGGAAGAAUAGGAUUCCAUCUUGGGGUGAGAAGAUAAGAUGA